GUUUGUGUGUGUGUGUGUGUGUGUGUGUGUGUGCAUGCGCAGGGUAGAUGGGGAUGCUGAAUGCUGAAGCAGAGAGCUGCAAGACUGAGGUGGACCGCUUGCCUUGCUUGCAGCGCUUCUUUCUCAGCUGCAACAACAUCAUCAGAUUUGAUCAGCUAGCCUGCCUUGGAGAGUCGCCGUCCCUUUCUGAGCUAACCCUGGAUGGGAAUCCUGUAGCCCUGGAGACAUGGUACAAGCAGGCCGUCCUGCGCUGUGUGCUUCACCUGAAACAGCUGGACAUGAAGCGCAUCACAGACGAGGAUCGGCGCAUGGCAGGUGUACAGACUCGAAAAGAGGAGGAGAAGAAGAAGGAGAGUCACAAACAGGCCAUUCAUAAGGAGAAGCGGCGUCUAGCAAUCCGUAAUGCAGCACAGCAGUGGGAGGGUGUAAUAGCCUGCUUGGAGCUCCCUGCAACAACUGGCUGUAAGGAGGAUGUUAGUCCAGAGAACAGCCCGGCUCACAGUCCUGCACAGACCAAUGGCCUUGCACAGGAGCCUUCUCCAGAUGAACCAAGACGGAUAAGCCCGGGUUCAGGACCUGAACGACCGCCAGGGGGGACAGAAAGCAGGCUACGAACCAACAGCCGACCGAACAGCCCUCGGGAUCCCAAGCUUGUGGAGGCAGGGAGUGGCAGCGUUCAGAGUCUGUCCUUGUCUGACAGUCACCUGGCAGAGCUGGAUGGAGAUACCCUGCGUUUAUUUGGACUCGGAGCCCUGGAGGCCCUGGAGAGGGGAUGGGGUGUGCAGACUGCUGGUGCCGUCACUGUUAUAACCUUUCGCUACAUCAACUUUGAUGCCAUUGUACCUACACUGCCGAGAAUAAGGGUCAAGUUCCCAAAUCUGUCGCACCUGAUCUUCAUGGAAACCAACAUCAACCGUUUGCCGCAGCUAGCGGCCCUGGCUCAGGUGAGGCGUCUGGACCAGCUGACCGUCCUUCCAGAGGGGAACCCCGUGGUCAGUCUGGCUCUGUGGCGCUCGUUUGUCAUCUACCGCCUCAACCAUUUCAACCUUCAGAGGAUCAACGGCCAGGAGGUGACCAUGAAUGAUGUGAUCGCUGCAGAGCGAGUAUUCGGGACCCUGGGUCAUAUAGCAGCCACUGAAACUCCACGUUGCCGGCUCCUCCUACUACUAGAGGAGUCCAGGAAGCGGCAGCUGCAGUUCCUGUUGGAGGGGCGAGGCCGGCGGGCAGGCCUGAGUCCAGAGGAGCUGCGGGACAACGGCAAGCUCCUGGGCGAAGGCCUCAGCAGAGCGCUGUUCAACUACCCAAGCAGAGACUGCAGCGCUGAGAGCCCGGAGGAGGGCAACGUGGAGUCGUCGGAGCGCGCUGCCAUGAUAGCACAGUAUCUCCAGGAGUUGGUCCAACGGGCGUCAGACACCAACCUGAAGGGCGAGGCUCUACACAAGCUGUGGCCUUCCAUGUUCGCCGAGAUGGUGAAAGACUGCGUGAUGGAGAUGAGCGAUCAAGCAGCCUUCCGCCAAGUCAGUCUGGCGAAGCUCUCUGAGACCAAGUGAAACGGACCAAAGGUUCACUCCUCAACCACCAACACAUGAACACACCUGAACAUUUGCUUCUCACCACUAUUUCCACUUCAAACUCCACUAACAUGUCAUCACCUAGUGAUUUCUUUAUUACUUUUUUUUUCAGAUGGAUGUAGACCCUUUCAAAGAUGUCUGAUGAUUUGUCAAGACAGAAGCUUCUUGACUGAAUGUAGAAUUUCACUGAAAACACAUAGUUUGAUUCUUCAGAGCGUGGUAUGGUUGAAGAAAGUUAGAGAAUUGUUGAUUUGUCCCUCUAGAGCAUCCUCUGCACUUUAAAAGCCUUCUGAAUGACUCCGUGUAAUGUUGUGAUCAUCAGCUGAAAAUGACCAGUGUCUCUUCUGGAGACUAGAAUGACUUUUCUGUCUUUAUAAUCAGCCUUGUGCAUUGUUUUCUCACUUCCUCCUGUCUGACAUGAAAUAAAGGACAAGGUCCUUUUUUGUUUACCUCUGAUUUUCUGUAUUGUAUUUAGGAUUAAAAUAU